AUGCAGAGCCUGGCCGGGCGGCUGCUCCGCACCUGGGCGCGCCUGGCCGGGGGGCGCGGGGGGCGCCGCGCCGCCCCCGAGGAUGAUGAGGGCGGCUUCCGGGGGGGGUCCCGGCGGCGGCUCGGCGGGGCGGCCCCGGCGGCGACGGCGGCGGAGGGGGGCGAUGCGGGAGCGGUCGCCGGGGAGCGGCCGCCAGGCGCGCAGGGGCUGCGGAACCACGGCAACACCUGCUUCAUGAACGCCGUGGUGCAGUGCCUGAGCAACACCGCGCCGCUGGCCGAGCGCCUGGCGCUGGGCCGGUACCGCGCCCGCGGCGAGGUCACGCACCGGCUGGCGGCCCUGGUCCGUGCGCUCUGGACCCGCGACUACACCCCGCAGCUCUCCGCCGAGUUCAAGAACAUCGUUUCCAAGCACAGCUCGCAGUUCCGGGGCAACGCUCAGCACGACGCGCUCGAGUUCCUGCUCUGGCUGCUGGACCGAAUGCACGAGGAUCUGGGCGCCGCCUCCCCCGCCCAGCAGAGCCGCGGCCUCACGCAGCCUGGCAAGGAUGGGAGCAGCAGUGCCAGCAGGUCCCCCUCAGGCACCCAGCACCCCCAUGGGCAGAGCUUCGUGCAGAGCCACUUCCAGGCCCAGUACAGGUCCUCUCUGACGUGCCCUCACUGCCUGAAACAGAGCAACACCUUCGACCCCUUCCUGUGCAUCUCCCUGCCCAUCCCGCUGCGCCAGACCAGGGCUCUGAACGUCACGCUGGUGCUGCAGUGCGAGCGCUGGCGCUUCGUGCGGGUGGGCCUGGCCGUGCCGCUGCUGGGCACUGUGGCGGACCUGCGGGCGAUGGUGGCGCGGGAGGGCCGCAUUCCCCCGGAGCAGGUGAUCCUGGCCGAGGUGUCCCCGCGGGGAUUCCUGCGCUCGCUCUCCGACCCCGAAGCGCUGCGGGCGGCCGGCGAGGCUGGACCCGUCUACGCCUUCCAGCCGCCGCCCGCCCGCCGCGCAGGGUGUCCCCGGAGCCUCCCCACAUCUCCUGCAGUGCCACGGCCGGAGGGGCCGCGCCUGCUGCCCAGCACCGCCCGCUCCUCCGACUGCCUGCACCGUGCACCCAGCAGCCGCAUCCUGCUGCUGCUCUGCAACACAGCGGGCACAGGGCCGCAGCUUGCCAGGUUCGGGCCACCACUGGUGCUGCGGGAGGAGCGCAGCGUCUCCUGGGAGCAGCUCCAGCAGAACAUCCUGGCCCAGCUGAGGGGGGUCCUGCGGGGAGAAGUCCGGCCUCAGAGCACAGGGGCCCUUUUCCGGAUCCGCCUGGCUGGGGUCUCAGCCCCCUGCACCUACCUGUCCCCUCAGGAUCCUCGUCCCCUCUGCCACCCUGCCAUCGACAGGGCCCUGCAGCUGAGCGGGGCCGGGGGCCCUCCCCACGUGAGGCUGACAGUGGAGUGGGACAUGAGCACCAAAGAGCGGCUGUUCGGAAGCAUCCAGGAGGAGGUGGUGCAGGAUGCGGAGAGCGUGCGGCGGCAGCAGCAGGCACACGGGCAGCAGCACAGCUGCACGCUGGAUGAGUGCUUCCAGCUGUACACCAAGGAGGAGCAGCUGGCCCCGGACGACGCCUGGCGCUGCCCGCACUGCAAGGUGCCCCAGCAGGGCACGGUGAAGCUCAGCCUGUGGACUCUGCCCGAGAUCCUCAUCAUCCACCUGAAGCGCUUCCGGCAGGUGGCCGAGCAGCGGCACAAGCUCACCACGCUGGUGAGGUUUCCGCUGCGGGGGCUGGACAUGGCCCCGCAUGUGGCACAGCGGGGCCAGCCCGGGGGGCAGCUCCUGGGGCGCUGGGCGCCUUGGCAGCCCCCCUUGCGCCUGCCCGCGGGCUGCCCCCGCGAGCACCUCUACGACCUGUACGCAGUCUGCAACCACCACGGCAGCAUGCAGGGCGGCCAUUACACCGCGUUCUGCUGCAACGCCCUGGACGGGCGCUGGUACAGCUACGACGACAGCCGGGUGGAGGGGGUGCGCGAGGCUGAGGUGAGCACCCGCAGCGCCUACAUCCUGUUCUACCAGCGCCGCCGCGCCCCUGGCUCCGGCACGGGCUCCGCUGCCGCCGCGGGGCACUGGGUGUUCCGCCUGGCCGCCUCCGAGUCCCGCGCCGACCCCCGCACAGACCCCGAUGCCUCUGGCUCUGUGGCCGCCGCGGAGAAUGGUGAGGCUCAGGAUGCUCAACUCCCAGUCCCCCCGCGCCCCCCGCCCGUCCUGACAGUGGUUUCCCCGCAGGCGGGUUCGAGGCGCGGCCCCCGGUGCGGGGGCUGCAGGGGCUGCACGGGCGCAGCCUCAGCGUCCGCACCGCUCCCUCCGGACCCCCGGGACAGGGGGAGCCGGGCCCUCUUCGCGCCCCACGACGGCUCCGCCGGGCCACCAGCGCCGAGGGGACCCCGCGCCGGCCGCCUCCGGGCCCCGGCAGCCCCGAGGCCGCGGGGCGCGGGGGGGCCGCCCCUGGCCGUCCGGAGUCCCCCCGGGGCCACGCUGCAGCGGGGCCGGCAGCCCCCCGGGCCUCUGCGCCCCCUGGCCGUGCCCGAGUCCAGCUUCUGA